AUGGGAUCCAGACGUUUUUUUGAAAAACCAAUGCAUGACCGGGUUCCCGUUUGGGUUAAUAUAUUUGGCAUCCCCCUUCAACUAUUUAAUAAAGAUGGACUAAGUCUUAUUGCUAGCAAACUUGGAAAGCCUUUAGAGGUUGACUCUUACACCUCCACCAUGUGUGAGUGGGCUACGAGUCGAGCGAUUUAUGCUCGUGCUACUUCCUCUACCCUAAGAGUGGAGUAUUAUUGGCUCCCCAAGAGAUGCGCCCAUUGCAAAAAAUUUGGUCAUGAUCAUGCUACUUGUCCGGCUUGUGUUACUAGCAACUCCGGCCCUGAACACACAGCUAGCACUCCCAUCCAAAAGACGACCAUGCCUAUUCCGAAAGCAGUUGACCAUGAAGGUUGUCACACGGUUAAAAGGAGAACUAGAGCUUCUCAUUUCCCUAAAAAGAAGGUUCAAGUUGGCAACCAUAAAUGCAAAAAACCCGCUUUAAAGAUCGCUCAAGUCUACAAGCCUAUCGUUCGUGAUCCGAGGAAGAAGAAUGUGUCGACCAACAUGUUUGAUGCCCUUUCGCAUCAAAGAGUUGACGACAACGUAGACGAUCCUAGUAUCCCCCCUGUCAUCCUCUCCAGAGACUCCAUCCCAGCUUCAGAUGCUCAAACGAGCUCCUCUCCUGGUGGUCUCACCUCUAUUCCAGUUGAUCAGGGUUGA